AUGGCUUCAACUCAUCCAGUACAGGUAAAGAUACUUGAGGUGUGUCAAGUCACCCCGUCCUUGAACUCACUUGACCCACCCACCGAGUUAUCUUUUCCGCUCUCCUUUUUUGAUAUCCUGUUCUUGAAAGUCACUCCAGCUGAACGCUUGUUCUUCUACAAACUCACCGAGGCAACACCGGAUUAUUUUAACUCAGUGAUCCUUCCAAAACUCAAACUCUCUCUUUCUCAUACUCUCCUCCGCUUCCUCCCUGUUGCAGGCAACCUCAUCUGGCCUGCACAAAGCACCAAACCCGUCAUCCUUUACACUCCUAAUGAUGGUGUCUCACUCACAAUUGCACAGUCCAAUGCUGACUUUGAUCAUCUUUCGGGAACUGAUGUCUGUGAAAUAACUGGGUCACAUCCUUACGUACCCCAAUUACCUAUAAUAACUGACUCAAGAACAUCAGUUUUAGCUCUGCAAAUAACAUUAUUUCCUAAUCAAGGCGUUUCCAUUGGUGCCACUGUACACCAUGGAGUUCUUGACGCUAAAAACGUAGCCAUGUUUAUUAGAGCAUGGGCUCAUGUACACAAACAAUUUAGCGAAAACGAAAAUGCCAAUCAGAUCACUUUGCCACCCGAACUAACCCCUUUUCUUGCUCGAACAAUUAUCGAAGAUCCAGAUGGGAUUGACAUGUUGUACUUGAACAGCUGGUUGGGACUCAACCUGCCAGGUUUGGACACCAAUCAUAGAAGCUUGAAGCCUUUCAAGCAAGCUAUAACAGAUCCUUACAGCAAAGUUCGGGCCUUGGUCAGGUUGUCUCGCGAAGACAUAAAGAAUCUGAGGGAAAGGGUUCUCUGUCAGAUUGAGAAACUCCACCUAGAUACGGAAACAAGACCAAUGCAUUUAUCCAGUUUCGUGCUAGCUUAUGCAUACGUAUUCGUUUGUGUAUUCAAGGCAAAAGGGCUAGAACGCGAUGACAAGGUUGUUCUUGGACUCACAGCAGAUUGUAGAGCCCGUUUAGGCAUACCUGAGAACUAUUUUGGGUGUUGUGUGAUGCCCUUUUUUGUACACAUACGUCCAGAAACUGUUGUUCAAGAAAAUGGUUUCCUUAAUGUUAUAGAAAGACUGAGUGAGAUUAUCGCCAGGAUAAAUAAAGGAGUUCUUGAUGGAGCCAAAGAAAAGUUUGCAGAAUUUAUGACUAUCAGGCCUGGCACGCUAAUGGUUACGGUUUCUGGGUCGCCUCAAUUCCAGGUUUAUAAAGCUGAUUUUGGCUGGGGUGUGCCUAGGAAGGUGGAGACUCCUUCCAUUGACAAGACAGGAUCAAUAUCCAUGCAGGAGAAUGCAGAUGGAAGGGGAGGAAUUGAGAUUGGCUUAGUUUUAUUAAAGCAUGAAAUGGAGAUUUUCAAUUCUCUAUUUGUCGAUGGUCUUGUCUUAAACCAAGGCCAGAUUGUUAGUGGAGAACACUAG